AUGAGUCCAGCCGGGUGCUCCCAUGUGAACGUUUUCAAAGUGGACAACUGGAAACAAAAUCUACGAGUCAUAUACCAAUGCUUUGUGUGGAGUGGCACGGCUGAAACCAGGAAACGCAAGGCCAAGUCAUGUAUUUGUCAUAUGUGUAGCGCUCACCUGAAUCGGCUCCACUCAUGUCUCCACUGUGUGUUCUUUGGCUGCUUCACCAAGAAACACAUCCACGAGCAUGCCAAAACCAAGCGACACAACCUAGCUGUAGAUCUUUUGUACGGUGGAAUAUACUGCUUUGUGUGCCAAGACUACAUAUACGAUAAAGACAUGGAACAGAUUGCCAAAGAAGAACAAAGAAAAGCAUGGAAAUUGCAAGGUAUCGGAGAAAAAUACUCGACUUGGGAGCCCACGAAACGAGAACUGGAGCUGCUGAGGCACAACCCAAAGCGUAGGAAAAUAACCACAAACUGCACCAUCGGUUUGAGAGGUCUGAUAAACUUGGGGAACACGUGUUUUAUGAACUGCAUUGUCCAGGCUCUGACCCAUACCCCGUUACUGAGGGACUUCUUCCUGUCAGACAGACACAAAUGUGAAAUGCAGCCCAACUCGUGCUUGGUGUGUGAGAUGUCUCAGCUCUUUCAAGAAUUCUACUCUGGUCACCGGUCUCCUCACAUUCCUUUCCGCCUGCUGCACCUGGUGUGGACGCACGCGCGGCACCUGGCUGGCUACGAGCAGCAGGAUGCUCAUGAGUUCCUUAUCGCCGCGCUGGACGUGCUUCACCGCCACUGCAAAGGAGAUGACAAUGGGAAAAAGGCCAGUAACCCAAAUCACUGCAACUGCAUCAUUGACCAGAUCUUCACUGGUGGUCUGCAGUCCGACGUCACCUGCCAAGUCUGCCAUGGCGUUUCCACGACAAUAGACCCAUUCUGGGACAUUAGUCUAGACCUGCCCGGUUCCUCGACGCCGUUCUGGCCUCUCAGCCCAGGAAGUGAUGGCAGUGUAGUUAAUGGAGAGAGUCAUCCCACAGGAGCAACAACCCUCACAGACUGCCUACGCAGGUUCACCAGGCCAGAGCACUUAGGAAGCAGUGCCAAGAUCAAGUGCAGUGGUUGCCAUAGUUACCAGGAGUCCACUAAACAGCUGACAAUGAAGAGACUUCCCAUCGUGGCAUGUUUCCAUCUCAAACGAUUUGAGCACUCGGCAAAGCUGCGGAGGAAGAUUACAACCUAUGUGUCCUUCCCCUUAGAGCUGGACAUGACUCCCUUUAUGGCCUCUAGUAAAGAGAGUCGGAUGAAUGGCCAGUACCAACAGCCAGUAGACUCAUUAAAUAAUGAGAACAAGUAUUCCCUGUUUGCUGUGGUCAAUCACCAGGGGACGUUGGAAAGCGGUCAUUACACCACGUUCAUUCGCCAGCAUAAGGACCAGUGGUUUAAAUGUGACGAUGCCAUCAUCACAAAGGCCAGCAUUAAAGAUGUACUGGACAGUGAGGGGUACUUGUUAUUUUACCAUAAACAGUUCCUUGAGUAUGAAUAAUCUCCACAUUGGUGGAAAGAAAGGUGGAGAGAAAACAAAGCGGACACACG